GAGGCCGACGCACAAGAUGGCGGCGCCGGCCGCCCGCUGGGGGUUGCGGGCUGCGGCGGGUUGUUGAGGGGUGGCACGGGGAAGGCGACCCCAGACAGGCCUCGCUCAGGUGACAGGUGGGCGGGCCGCGCCGCUGGCCCCCUGGCGGUGCAUGGCCUCGUGGCUGUCUCCUGUUUUCCCCGCCUCCCACACCUUAUCCCGGGGCGGAACCGGAGAAAGGUCAGGCCAGGCUGUCCCGCCCGUCUGCGUCCUGGGGCGGUCCCCGUGAGUGGCUCACUUUUAGAACUGACUUUAGCCACGUGUGGCUUCCAUGGCUGCGGUACAAGCCCCGGGGGAGAAGAUUAAUGUCCUGGCAGGAGAGACAACCAAGGUCGGGGACCCGCAGAAGAAGGAGUGGCCCGAGCAGGACAGGCUUCCAGAACGAUCCUGGAGGCACAAGUGCGCCUCCUACGUGUUGGCCCUGAGGCCCUGGAGCUUCAGCGCCUCACUCACCCCUGUGGCCCUGGGCAGCGCCUUGGCCUACAGGUCCCAGGGUGUCCUGGAUCCCAGGCUGCUGUUGGGUUGUGCAGUGGCUGUCCUGGCUGUGCACGGGGCCGGCAAUUUGGUCAACACUUACUAUGACUUUUCCAAGGGCAUUGACCACAAAAAGAGUGAUGACCGAACUCUGGUGGACAGAAUUCUGGAGCCCCAGGAUGUCGUUCGAUUUGGAGUCUUCCUCUACACCCUGGGCUGCGUCUGUGCCGCUUGCCUCUACUACCUGUCCACUCUGAAACUGGAACACUUGGCUCUCAUCUACUUUGGAGGCCUGUCUGGCUCCUUUCUCUACACAGGAGGAAUUGGAUUCAAGUAUGUGGCCCUGGGAGACCUCGUCAUCCUCAUCACUUUUGGCCCGCUGGCUGUGAUGUUUGCCUACGCUGUCCAGGUGGGAUCCUUGGCCAUCUUUCCUCUAAUCUACGCCAUCCCACUGGCCCUCAGCACGGAGGCCAUUCUCCAUUCCAACAACACCAGGGACAUGGAAUCUGACCAGGAGGCUGGCAUUGUCACGCUGGCCAUCCUCAUCGGGCCCACCUUCUCCUAUGUCCUCUAUAACACGCUGCUCUUUCUGCCCUACCUAAUCUUCACCAUCCUGGCCACGCACUGCAGCAUCAGCCUAGCGCUGCCCCUGCUCACCAUCCCCAUGGCCUUCUCCCUCGAGAGGCAGUUCCGCAGCCAGGCCUUUAGCAAGCUGCCCCAGAGGACGGCCAAGCUCAACCUACUGCUCGGGCUUUUCUAUGUCUUUGGCAUCAUCCUGGCACCAGCAGGCAGCCUGCCCAGACUCUGAGGAGACCAGCAGCUCCCACCACAGCACAGCCCCUCCUCAGGCAGUGCAGAAGAAGGGGUGCCACUGGCCAGGGUGGGUGCGCAGCAUAGGCUGCGGACUCCUGCACUUGUGUGUUGGGAUUAUCUUCCUAAAGAUAGCCUGCUUGUGAUUUGUGUUCCAUGUUCUGGGGAAACCCUGAAACCACUCUACUGUUGUUCCUGUGUUAUUUAUAAUCUCCACUAGAGGGUGUCAUCAGGCCACUUUAGGAUGGAAAGUCCAUCUCCCCCCUUGUUCUAGACCGAAUGCCCUGACAAUUUGUGAAGGAGCUGUGUCCCAAAAGAGCCAUAGUGACUAGGCAUGGUACUGCCCCGUCACCUCGGCAUGUAGGAAAUUGUACUAAUUGGUGCCAGGCCCCACUUACACAGAGCGCCUGUCCCCUGAAUGUGCUGCCUGCUAGAGAAGGGCCCUCAUUAACAGCAGUGCUCCUGGCUUUUUGUGUCGUUGGUGGUUCAGAUGUUUCUGUCCUUCAUGUCUCCCUUCGCUCCUCACCACUGUGGAGGAAAGUGUCAGAUCACCCUGCAGCAAGACAGUUAAGCCUGGGGCUGCUGAGAAAAGCACUCUGCUUUCAGUAAAACAUGGCAUGGUGGGUGAGGGAGCUGCUGCUUCCCUCUGUAGACUCCACUAGGAUGACAGUGAUUCUGGGACCUGAAGUGGCAGUGGGAUGGGUGUUUAAAGCCCAAAGGGCUUUGUCCCCUCCCAGCUGCCUCCCCUGCUAUUCCUUUUGCCUACCCAGGAUUUCUGUCCUUCCAUUGUUUCCAGUGCCAGACUGUGGGCAACAGCAACAUGUGAGUCAGGGACACUUACCCUAUCUACAGAGCCACAAGAUGGACAAAGCAGGGACCUUCUGAAUGUACGAGCAGUGGACAGCAGUCCUGGCCACACUCAGCCAGAGCGUGAGGCCCUGCCAGUGAAAGAACUCUGAGCAGGGGUCCUUCAUCGCUCUGUGCUCUGAUGCCUUGUUCAGAGUGUGGCUUCAGUGAAGUCACAUCCAAAGGACCAGAGCUGUCUCACUGUCUCCUGUAUACUCUCUGAGUAUAACAUCUUGCAUGGAGAUGAUCAUACCGUCUCCAGUGUGCUUUACUUUGAUCAGCUGGCCUGAAGGGGGCUGCAGGCUCUUAGCCUGCAGAAAACUACCUUGAGUUAGCACAGGGUCACUUUCUUAGGAAAACAUAUUUAAACAUUGCCCAGAGUCCCUCUACAGCCAGGGUGGUUUGUCUACCAGAGUCCCUGAGCUUGGAUCAAGGUCCAGAAACCUAGGAACGGAAUGCUCUUUCCUGUUCUCCCAGCAUGCUGGGUUUGUGGCAUCUGGUGCUUUUGAGUGUCCUGCCUGUGACCCCUGCUUGGGGCUGAUAGUUGUCGCCCAGAGCCUGGAGGACCAAUGAGUCUCACUGUCCAUUAGGCAGGCCUGACACGUGGCUACCCUCAUCAGAACUGUGUCAGCUGCUACACCGAGCUCUGGUGCAGAUUUUAAAUGCCUAUUUUUAUAUACCAUCCCCAGAGGCCAUAUUUGGUGCCACAUUUUGUAUACAGACCACCAUAAUUUGUAAUAUGUCUCCUGAUUCAAUGAAGGUUUCCUGUAGAUUUGCUAAUUAAAAUAAGAGAAAAUGUA